AUGCAGACUCAACAGAAUACUAUCAAAAGGAUGCCAGACAAUCAGCGUAUGAUUGGAGGUGAUCCUCAAGUGAAUGUCGACAAGGCUAUCAAUACGUUUUUGAAGGAAUUUGAAACAAAAAAGCGGACAUCACUCACAGAGAAUCAUCAAAGGAUAGCCUCUAUGCUCAAACAAUCAUCAGGAAAUAUCGCGCAGGCAAAGGAAUUAUUCGAUACAGACCUUAAUUCAAGGACGACCCUUGAAAGGCUUCAGGCUCUAAGCCAGUCCAUAAAAGAGGGCGCACAGAAAAAAGAUAGGAGUAUUAGCGCGACACAACGGGCAAAAGAAGCAUUUCAAAAGGAUAUCGAUGAAGCAAAAGAGGCAUUUGAUCAGGAAAUGGCUUUACGACAUGCGGAUGUCGUGAAGCAAUAUGUUGGCACCUUUGUACAGCAGAUCGAUCAUUUCUAA